AUGGGGUCUACACUGCACCUCUUCCUCCUCCUAUCCCUCCUCAUCAGCACACAGGCAACAGGAGGUGCGUGUACUCUGGAGGAACGCAGCCCUGACUGCGGGAUCCGAUCUUGCAACUUUGGGUUCUCAGGGCCAACUGCGACUUUGCAAGUGAAGUUGAAGAAGCCUUUUCUGGCCAAUGUCUCCCGUGACUCCAGCUUCCUGGAACUGCCCAGAAAGCUCUGCCUCCUCCUUCACCUCCCAUCGGGGACCAAUGUCACCCUCCAUCAGAAGGGAGCCCCGCACCACUUUACCUGCGAAGACUGACAACUGAAGCCUGUGUCAAGCAAGGGAAUUUGGUUUCAGGUGCUGGGACCCUGCCUUGAACCUCGCUGUCCUCCAGGAGACCCUCACUCUGCUCAUGCCCACACCAUGCCAAUAAAUAAUGCUGAGUCCUAUGGCUCACUCGGGAUCCAUGAGCACUGGGCGGGCGGCCAGAGAAUGGGAGCUGCAUACUCAAGUCUGAUUCCCAGCUGCUUAGUGUGGGGAUUUUAGUCUCUCUCAACACCACCAAUGCCUAAAGGGAAUCUGGGGAAUUAAG